AUGUUGGAGAGAAUCAGUCGUGUUGCAAAGAGCCUAUCGAAGACCAACUCGGGCAUCAAGGUCACUCACCGAGCAGCAGAUAUUGGCAAUUUCGAUGAGGUUGACAAGGCAAUUGGUUCAGCCAUUGAGGAGAUCGGCGACAUUGACAUUCUCAUCAACAACGCCGGUCUCGCCCUAGGAGCUCCCGCCAGGUUCCCGGACCUGAAGAUCGAGGAUAUCAUCACCAUGUCAAACACAAACAUCAACGGAACCAUGUUUGUGACACAUUCGGUACUCAACAGGCCCAUGAUGAAGCGAAAGCCCGGAAAGGGCACUAUUCUAAACGUCACCUCUGUUACCGCGCAUGAAGUCCCGCCGUUCCCGGGCAAGGCGGUGUACCACGCCAGCAAAGCUUUCCAGGAGGGCUUUACCAACUCACUCCGCAACGAACUAGUGGAGACCGAUAUCAAGGUACUGGCAAUCAGGCCUGGUGUUGUUGCGACUCACUUCCAUACACAGCGUGUGGGAUUCGAUCAGGACCAAUACGACUCAUCCGUUGAUGGCUACGAUCCGCUUGUUUCCGAUGACGUUGCCCAGGCAGCUGUUUAUAUGCUGGAGCAACCGGAGAAGGUCUCCAUCAAGGCUCUCGAUGUCGUUCCUACAGCUCAACGUUCACUCACCGUAUUCGAUCGGACAUGGAGUCAACGCAGCCAUCAAUAAUUUGAUCAUUGAAUGGACUAUGCAGUGUAUAGCCAAAGUCGUGCAGUCAUAGAGAUUCGGCAUUGGUUUAAGCCAGAGAGAAUUUUACAUCGACUUUCCGAAUAGUGUUUGGCUUUCUUGAAUGGAAAGUAAUGCUGCAUAUCUAGUUGGCCUAAGUAGGUCUAGUUAUUAGAGUAAUACUGCAUAGUCGGAUUUCGGCCCCCAUUAAGGAUGC